AAACAGCGAAUUACAAUGGAGUGGACACCGAUGGAAAUCAACCCUGAGAUGCUGAACAAGAUGAUGGAUAAACUGGGCGUGGGCGGAAACUGGAGCUUUGUGGAUGUGCUUGGACUGGAGGGCGAUCAACUGUCUGCCGUGCCCAAACCAUGCUGUGCCUUGAUGUUGCUCUUCCCCUUGACACAACAGCACGAGUCCUUCAGGCAGAAGCAGGCCGACAAAGUGGCAGCUGGCUCUGAGGUGUACUUCCUGAAGCAGUCUGUGGGCAAUUCUUGUGGCACCAUUGCCCUGCUCCACUCUGUAGGCAACAACAAGGACAAGAUGACGUUCAAUAAUAGCUCUGCCUUAAAGAAGUUUUUGGAUGACACUGCUGACAUGUCUGCUGAGGAUCGUGCCAAACAAUUUGAGAACAACCAGGCAAUCAAAGAAGCACACAAUGAUAUUGCUGCAGAAGGUCGAUGCGUGCCUGAAGCUGAUAAAGUCAACUUCCACUUUAUUGCCUUUGUUAAUGUGAAUGGACAACUUUAUGAAUUUGAUGGGAGGAUGGAUGGAGCAGUGAACCAUGGUGAUACAACAGAUGACACUUUUGUAAUGGAUGCUGCCAAAGUGUGUCUUGGCUUCAUGAAGAGGGAAAAAGAUGAAGUUCGGUUCUCUGCUGUGGCUCUGUCAAAAUUAAACACCAAUUAGAAAACAAAUGUUAUGCCCAUGCCCUGAAGCAUUUAGAUGUCCUGUCACCUGUACACACGCACUAUGCACUGUAAAGGGCAUUUGUUUCCACCAAUUGUCCUGUGUUGAACAAAGCAUUCUUGAGCACAUAAUGUGUUCAGUGUUGAAAACCUUUUAUGUUCAAGCCUUAUGUAUGUUCAGCAGUGUCCAACACUGCAUGUUUAUGUUCAGCACUUUUGUGUGCCUGCAUCUGUGGAUGCUUAAAUGCCUUGUGAGCCAACCAGUUUAAACUUGGAGAGUGGUACAAUCUGCUGAUGACCCUGGACAGGUCUUGAAUGACAGUUCUGAUUUGGGGGUCAAAAUGAUUUGCACACAAGUCCCCACUACUGACGUGCACACAUUUUCCAAAUGU